GCUCCCACCAAAGCACCUCCUUAUAAUCGACACGGAGACAAGCAUCGUCCGGCGGUCGUUAUGGGUUGGCGUUGGUCACUUGGAGUUUCCACGGUUUGGAGGACGACUGUUUUCAUGCUCCAUGUAGUCUCGACUGCACUGGCGAAGAGGCACGUUGUCUUCUGGAACAGUACAAACGCAAGGCUGGCUCAAGGAGGUCUGUCCAUCCAGGUCAACCUUAGCGACUACCUGGACAUCUACUGCCCCCACUACCCUGCCGGGAUGCCCACCUCCACUCCCCCCGAAACCCUGGCGCUCUACCUGGUGGCGGAGGGGCAGUUCCGGGGCUGCGUGGAGACGAGGGGGGCGAUUAAGCGCUGGGAGUGCAACAGCCCCCACGCCCCCUUCGGACCCGUGCGCUUCUCGGAGAAGAUCCAGAGGUUCACGCCCUUCUCCCUGGGCUUUGAGUUCCUGCCAGGGCACCACUACUAUUACAGCUCUCUGCCCACAGAGGAGGGACCCCCUCUGACCUGUCUGAAACUCAGAGUCACAGUGUGCUGUGAAUCCACAACAACAGAAUCUAAUCUGGAGCAGGGUACCCCAGCUCCUCGCAGUGCGGCCAGUUCAGUGAUGUCCACCGCUCUCCCUCUCAUCUUCAUCAUCCCCCUCUUCCUCCUCUCGUCCAUCUGACCUACAUCUCUGAUACCCCACGCUGGGGCAAGUGUGCACCGACUCUGUUGUACGUACCCCAUGUACAGUAGAGCGGGGAUGGAGCAGUUCUGAGACCCCGCCCCAGAGAGAUUUGAGGUAGCCCCUUUAUGUCCCAGCGCCAUUUCCCCAGGAUACGGAGGAACAAUGACCCUAGUACGGCACUGUCAUUCUCAGUGAAGCAGGCAUCCUUCCGCCCACCGCCAACCUCGCAUAACAGCUAUGCACUAAACACUCUAGAUCUGACUCACACACGGAGCCAUACACUGAAAACUCAUUCCAGCCAACUUAUUCACACAGCUGUACACUGAACACUGUCUCUGAUUUUAAAACGCACAGCAAUUUUAUUCAUUUUUGAAAUGGAAGAAAUGGCCAGUUCCCCAUUAUAUGGGCUGUGUUUUCAGUUUCUGUGGCUACACUGAAAACAAAGUCUCUCUCUCUCUCUC